GUUGGACAGCUCACCCGGAGACUGAAGACAGAGGACAUUCAGAAACCGGAUCAGAGGACAUUCAGAAACCGGAUUGGAGACAUUCAGAAACCGGAUCUCACUCAAAACACCAUGAAGGGAUUUUUUUCCAAGUGUGUAUGCGUGUGGAAGCACCAGAGACACAAAAUAACCACAAAGAAAAAAAGAGCACUUUAAAGAGUGUUUUGGUGGACUCUGCUGCGCUGAUGUGCCCGGAGGAAAAAGAGGCGUUAGAAGGAUUGAUGACAUCGUGGGAAACCGCAGCUCUGACAGCUGUGAUGUCACAGCCCAGUCCCUAAUGUCUGUACGUGGGAUAAGGAAAGACUUGAAGAGAACGGGGGAUCUGGCAGCGGGACCACGACGGGGAGCGAUGCGUUCACUGGCGUGUGUUGUCCCAAUCUGACGGGACAACAUCUGCAGAUGAUGCAAGAUAACGGGACUCAAGUCACCUCAGUAUUUUUGCUUUGUAUUAUACAUCAGCAGGUGUUGUGUUAGUCAGUGCUAAAACUGAACCAUGUUAUUGAUGUUGUGACAUCAGAACUCUAUCAUCCAUCACAUAUUUCAAAAAGGCCAAACAGCUCCUUCUUAACAGUUACACCUGCAGCAUUAAUUCAUUUGUUCAUGUGUUGUCCAAGCCUUGUUUGCACUGUCCGUGUCUAACCCAGCUGAUGUCUUGUAUAAAUGUCUUUGUCCUUAUGUAACUGUAUUGUUGUUUUAGUUGUUUACAUUUUAUCUUUCCAUAUUUAUGUCUUGUAUUAAUGUCUGUCCUGUAACCAUGUUUUAUGUUUCUGCAGAACAGGAACCUGCUGAAAACCAGUUUUUAAACUGAGUCAGGCCCGUUUUUACAUUGUAAUGUAAUGCUACUUUUUCUAACUUUCCUGUAUAAUAAAUAUGAAUGAAUGAAUGAAUGAAUGAAUGAAUGAAUGACUUCAUCGGGGCCGGAGCAUUACAUCACACCAGGUUGUUGCUACGUCUCCGUCCACGUGUCCAUCGAAUUAUCUGAAGUUUGUAAAACCUCCUGAGAAUAAAUGUGGUGAACGUGUGUUUCCAUCCAUCUAGGGAACGCACUAAACACCAAUCUGCGAGGCAGGGCCUGUUUGCUCAUGACAUGCAAAAUAGUGACGUAAUGUUGGCGUUACAGCGAUCAUUUAGCUGCUCGUACUGUGGGAAAACAUUUGGCUGCAAGGCCGAUCUGAAGACUCACGUGCAAUGUCACACAGGGAAAAAAGCUUACAACUGUUUAGUCUGUCAAAAAUCUUUCACACAGAGUGGAAACUUACAGGCACACAUGAGAAUCCACAGAGGAGAGAAGCCUUUCAGCUGCUCUGAGUGUGGUAGAGCUUUUACUGAAAAUGGAACCCUGAAGAGACACAUGAUGAUUCACACAGGAGAAAGACCUUACAGCUGCUCAGUGUGUCAGAGAGCUUUCACACGGAGACAACGUUUAAAGAAACACAUGAGAAUCCACACAAGAGAGAAAGUCUGUACUACACGAUUUGGCUACAAGUCAGCUCUGAAGAAACAUCUAAAAGUCCACACGGGAGACAAACCUUUCGGCUGCUUUGAGUGUAGUGAAGCUUUCACUGAAAAUGGACUCUUGAAGACACACAUGAGAACUCAUACUGCAGUGUUUGUGACAAAAGAUUAAUCUGGUGCACCAGACUCAACAACCAUCAGUGUAUAGGUCAUCAGUCCUCAGCUUCAUCAGAGACGGACCAGCACAUGGAAACAGAAGCUGAUGGAGAGGACUGGAGGACCAGAGCUAUGCGCUGAAAUAUGUGCCAAUAAAAACUGAAUUGGAAUAAUUUAUAUUUGAAUUUGAAUUGCUAAACUUGAAUCAUUGCAUUGAAAAACUGAAUCUGAAUGGUGUAGUUUGAAAUUGAAUUUAUUCGUUUGUGGAGCCAAUAAAAUAUGAUCA